AGCACAUACAAGUCACGGGUUUGUAUUUACUUUUCAAAGGAAAUUGUAAUGACUGGUGUUCGGGAACCUUAUUGUAGGCUUUGCCUUAAAAUUAUAGCCGAUAAAAGUUUUGAAGUAAUAAACAACGUUAUCAGGGAUAUUCUUGAUGUUCUUUUGCUGAAACUGAAAUUGGAUGAUGUGACCAAGGAGGUUAUAUGUAGUGUUUGCAAAAGUAAAUUAUACGCAGCAUUAGACUUCAAGUCAGCUUGUUUGAAUACCGAUAACAUAAUUAUUCCAUAUGUGGAUAGUGAAAAAAUGUUACAGCUCGACUUAAGGGAAGUGUACAGGAAGGAAAAGAAAGACGAGUCAAUUUCAGAGAAUCAGAAAAUAUGUCGAUUGUGUAUGCAACUAGUAAAAAGUGAUUUUAGGUGCAUACGUGAAGAGGAACUCGAAACUAUUCAGAAAUUGACUCCUGAAAUGAAUAUAAAUAUCAUCAUAGAUCCCGUUGUAUGUAAGGUGUGUUUGGAUUCCCUGUGCACCCACAACAGUUUCUGCAGAGAAUGUUUGGAAGUAGAGGAAAACUUUAAAGGUAGUUCUGAUUGUCAAGCCACAGAAAGUCUAGUUGGUACAUCACCAUCCAAUUUAUUCGUUAAGACUGAAAACUUGGACCGAGAAUUCGAUAUUAAGGAGAUGGAAAUGUCGAUCAAAGCAGAAAUUGUGGACAUAAAAUCUGAAAACGAGGAAAGAAGCGACGAGCCGCUGGAGAGCCCCGAUAAUAAACCGUUCGAGAAGAGUGACCGUAAGGUUGCAAAAGAUGAUGGAUGUAAAUGCGAGAAUAGGUCAACGAGCAAAUAUAAUAAGAAAAAAAAGCAGGAACGCAAUGAAUUGUACAGAUGUGAUAAAUGUAGUUACAAAACUGGAAGUAAGAUCCGUUUUGCAGCACACUGCGCUAGAUGUGGGAAAGAUUCGGAAGUGUACAACUGCAAAACGUGCGUUUAUACAACUGAGCAUGAGAAAUUAUUUCAAAGGCACCAAUUGCGGCAUAAAUGUCCUUCGCAGGUACAAAUGUACAGAUGUAACGACUGCGAUUACGAAACUAAGAACAAGAGUAGUAUCACGCGCCAUCAAUUGACACAUAAAGAUCCUUCGCAGGUCCAGUUAUACAAAUGUAACGACUGCGAUUAUAAAAGUAAAUACCGCUACUGUAUAAAACAACACCAAUUGAUGCAUAAAGAUCCAUCACAGGUUCAAAUGUACAGGUGUAACGAUUGCGAUUUCGAAACUAAAUACAGGAAUCAUAUCAGACGGCAUCAACUGAAGCUUUGCCUUAAAAUUAUAGCCGACAAAAGUUUUGAAGUAAUAAACAACGUUAUCAGGGAUAUUCUUGACGUUCUUUUGCUGAAACUGAAAUUGGAUGAUGUGAGCAAGGACAAGGUUAUAUGUAGUGUUUGCAAAAGAAAAUUAUACGCAGCAUUAGACUUCAAGUCGGCUUGUUUGAAUACCGAUAACAUAAUUAUUCCAUAUGUGGAUUGCGAAAAAAUGUUACAGCUCGACUUAAGGGAAGUGUACAGGAAGGAAAAGAGAGACGAGUCAAUUUCAGAGAAUCAGAAAAUAUGUCGAUUGUGUAUGCAACUAGUAAAAAGUGAGUUUAGGUGCAUACGUGAAGAGGAACUGGAAACUAUUCAGAAAUUGACUCCUGAAAUGAAUAUAAAUAUCAUCAUAGAUCCCGUUGUAUGUAUGGAGUGUUUGGAUUCCCUGUGCACCCACAACAGUUUCUCCAGAGAAUGUUUGGAAGUAGAGGAAAACUUUAAAGGUAGUUCUGAUUGUCAAGCCACAGAAAGUCAAGUUGGUACAUCACCAUCCAAUUUAUUCGUUAAGACUGAAAACUUGGACCGAGAAUUCGAUAUUAACGAGAUGGAAAUGUCAAUCAAAGCCGAUAUUGUCGACAUAAAAUCUGAAGACGAGGAAAGAAGCGACACGCCACUGGAGAGCUCCGAUAAUGAACCAUUCGAGGAGAGUGUCUGUAAAGAUGAAGAAGCGGAUGGAUGUAAGCACGAGGAUAGAUCGCGGAACAAAUAUAAUAUGAAAAAAAAGCAGAAGCACAGUGAAUUGUACAGAUGUGAAAAGUGUUGUUACGAAACUGGAAAUUUAGAACUUCCUAGCACUUCUUUUGACAUAAACAAAACUUCUUACGAUUUCCAAAAAAGGGAGGAUAACCCUGCCACCAAUUCUGUUACCAUUAAAACUAAAUCUGGUGGGAAAUCAAAACCUCCAGAUAAACUAAAUCUUUAG